AUGGUUGAGUGGCUAGCAAUUGUGUACGACAAGCCAGGUACAGACAGAACUGAAUUGAGACCGUUACAUCUCAAGGACAUUCCACCCGCAGUUGAAUCUGGUAUUGUCACUAAUGCGGGGGCUAUAUACCAUGGAUUAGACUUUGAAGGCAAACCCUCAGAGUUUGCAGGAAGUGCCUUCAACUUAGUCGCAGAUACCAAGGAAGAAGCAUUGGAAUUUUUGAAAAAGGAUGUCUACGCAAAAUCUGGAAUCUGGGAUGUUGACAACAUUCUGAUAUUCCCUUACGGUUGCGCCUACAGAAAGGGUAAAGAUCUACCUAAAUAG